GUUUUUAGAUAAAAUUCUACAAAUAUAAAAGUAUAUACUUAUUAAAACUUUAUCGAAGGGGAUGGGGUAAUCGCAUUUCGCAUCUAGUUUGGGAGUCAGCAUCUUCAAAUCUUGUUCAUUUGCCCAAUUCAAUUCUCCCUCCCUUGAUUGUCUAUAAUCUCUCUGUUAAUCACCUAUUUUUUAGGCAGUUUGAUAUCUGAAAAACCUAACUGCCAUGGGAGAAUAUCGUCCCGUAUCUGUUCAUCUUGCUUUAGGCGGCGGUUCAGUUGCUGAUGUGUUCUUGUGGAGAAAAUGGCGCUGUAGCGUCACUUUUCUUGUGGGUUCAACUGCCCUUUGGAUCCUAUUCGAAAUUGCUGGAUACAAUUUGCUAUCCUUCAUUGCAAACGUUUUGUUAUUACUGGUCGCAAUAUUGUUUUUCUGGGCUAAAUCUGCAUCGCUUCUCAAUAGACCUCUGCCACCUAUUCCUAAUCUUGAAGUUUCUGAGGAGACUGUCAUAAAAGCUGCUGAUGAGAUGCGAGUUUGGGUAAACUAUGGAUUAUCAAUUGCUCAUGAUAUUGCAAUAGGUGGAAAUUUGAAGCUCUUUUUUCAGGUUGCUAUUGGCUUGUGGAUCAUUUCUUACAUCGGAAGUUUCUUCAACUUUCUUACACUGCUUUAUGUUGGUAUUCUUCUGAGUUUGUCACUACCUUUGUUGUACGAAAAGUACCAAAAUCCAAUUGAUGAAAAGCUCGGUGUUGUCUAUGAUAUAGCUAAGGCGCAAUACCGCAAAAUUGAUGAUAAUAUACUGCAAAAGAUUCCAUUGCCCUCAAACAAGGAGAAGAAGACCAAGUAGCCUUAUGGGGCUUUUGAAGACGAAUUGAUUUGUUUCUGUUAUGGUAGAAAAUGUGUCCGAUGACCUUACAACUAUCAACUUCUCGAUCCCUCAGAUGUCUGUGAUAUUAACUAAGAAACGGGAAACUUUUGUGAGGGAACAUGUCUUGAUCUAUUUGUUGCUUUGAGAAAUAGAGUUUGAAUUCAGCAUUCUGAAAUAUUAUCUUUGAUUUUCAGUGUGUAUUUCUUAUAUCUUCAUUGAUAGCAUUUCAAUUUGUCAUGUCAUAAGUGGGAGUCUCUUUUUUCCGUUUUCUCCUUUCGUUUUUAAUUCCUCUUUCCAAACAGGUAAGAUUUUACCGUUGGAUUGAUUUGACUAUUGAGAUCCAACAGUCAUGAUCCAUCUAAAUUGUCGUUAAG